AUGGACGGGCGGCUGGUGGGUCUCAGCAAGAAGAUGAGCUGGCUUCUCCGCCAUGGCGCGAUCUCAGCUGGGGUCGCAAUGGAGGAUGAUGGUACUGUAUCGGUGGAGGAAAUGCUGAGGCAUGCGAGUUUCCGAGGAUACACCGUUGCUGAUGUCCGUAAGGUGGUAGAACACAAUGACAAGAAACGAUUUGUGUUGAUCAUGGCUGGGGCUCAACUGAGAGUGCGAGCACAACAAGGGCACGGGCAGCUUGUUGCAGCACAUGUGAAGCAGGAGAACUUGUUGGAAGCGAUGAGAGAGCCGCCACAAGUUUGCAUUCAUGGAACUUAUUUGAAGCAUUGGGACUUGAUCAGACAAGACGGAUUGAAGAGAAUGAGCAGACAACACAUUCAUUUAACAGACCUCCAGCCGAGGUCAGGCCAGGAGAAAGUGAGCGGUUUCAGAGAAAACUGCGAAUUGUUGAUAUUCGUAGAUGCAGCAAAGGCGAUGCAAGAUGGAUGUAAGUUUUAUCGAUCGGGCAAUGGGGUGAUCCUUACAGAAGGAUUUGAUGGAGUUAUACCCGCAAGAUACUUCCAGCGGGUGACAAGAAAAGAUGGGACUGAGUUUGCCAUGGCAUGA